AUGCCUUCCAGCAAUAUCGUCAAUGUCCACAGCCAGGCCGCCAAUGUACAGGCCAUUCGCCAGGCCAUUGUCGAUGGCCUUGACCGACCUACAGGCCAAAAGCAGUUGCCUACACUGCUCCUGUACGACGAACGUGGGCUGAGACUCUACGACGAUAUUACUACCGAGGUUCCCGAGUACUACCUCUUUGGCGCCGAGGAGGAAAUCCUCAAGACAAAGGCGGACGAAAUCGUCCGGAUCAUGCACGGCGGCGGCGGUGGCGUCCAGCCUGACGAAGUCGUCCUUGAGCUUGGGUCUGGUUCAUUGCGUAAAACGUCUCAUAUACUACGGGGUCUCGCUGAAUUGGUCCAAGACGGGAGUACACCGGCUAGUCGUCCACCAAUCACGUACUAUGCUCUGGAUCUUGAGGAGCGCGAAUUGGAGCGUACGCUUGGAGAUAUUGCCAAGUCGGAUGUAGGGAAGCUUCUUCAAGGGAAAGUGAAGACCAACGGCAUGUGGGGCACAUAUGAUGACGGACUUAAAUUCGUGGAGGCUGGUGGCUUGAGGUCCAUCCCUUCCCAGGCUUCUAUCAUGGAGAGCCGUUUCUCUCGAGGUUUGAAACUUGACGCCAGAGACGUUUCACCCAACUCGGUUAUUUCGUCUGAUUCAUCCGCAACAGAAUCUAUGGAAUCAGAAUCUCCGCCGUCCACGCCAGGCGAUAUUCAGCCCCCAUUGCAUUUGCUCUUCCUUGGUUCGUCCUUGGGAAACUUUUCGCGUCAUGCGGGCGCCGGCUUCCUGCGAUCUCUUCCGUUGCGUUCGGGCUCAGGAGAUACGCUUCUCCUGGGUCUGGAUCAUGACAACGCCAAGGAGGUCAUCGAAGAGGCGUACAACGACCGGGCAGGCUAUACGAGGAAAUUCAUCAUGAACGGUUUGCGAGGGGCAGGAAAGGCGUUAGGAAAUGAAGACCUAUUUGACCCGGAAAAGUGGUCGUACGUGAAUAACUACGACGAAUCAGAACGUCGACAUGAGGCGUUCUUUCAAUGUCGAGCGGAACAUAUUGUACGCGAUCCCGCGACCGCAGCCGAGUUCCACUUUUUGGAAGAUGAAUUAGUCAAGAUCGAAGAAUCAUUCAAGUUUUCCGACCAGGACGCCUAUAUCUUGUUCACCGAAAGUAAUCUUCGCCCCAUUCAACGAUGGUCUGACAGUAGCUCGCGGUAUUCACUCUGGCUUUUGGAACGACCUCCAUUUAUAUUCCCCUUGCUGAGCUCUCCUGGUUCUGAGGAAAACGCAGUCGGCCGGAAUUCAUUUUCGACUUCUCCUUUUGGUGUACCCUCUCCCCAGGAUUGGCAGUAUCUAUGGCAUUCAUGGGAUCUCAUUACGCGUAAAAUGAUCCCCCCAUCGAUGCUCUAUCAAAAGCCGAUCGAUUUACGACACAUUUGUUUGUUCUACCUGGGGCAUAUACCCACUUUUCUUGAUAUCCACCUAUCCAAACUCCUAGAGGAGCCCCACACCGAGCCUGAAGGCUUCAAGUACAUAUUUGAGCGCGGAAUUGAUCCCAUCGUUGAUGAUCCAUCCAUAUGCCAUCCUCAUUCGGAAGUUCCAACCGAGGAAAAGGAUUGGCCCAACCUGAACUCUAUACUUCUCUUCCAGGAUCGCGUCAGAGAAAGACUGUUGAGUCUGUACCGAGAUGUGGAAACUGGAAAGAAGGUUUUGACCAGAAAAAUGGGACGGGUCCUAUUUAUGACCUAUGAACAUGAGGCCUUACAUGCAGAGACGCUACUCUACAUGCUACUCCAGCGCGCCGGAACUGGCACACUCCCUCCUCCCGGCUUCGCGAUACCUGACUGGGAGUCUCUGUCACAGAAGUGGGCUGCUGAUCCAAAGCCCUCCUCCCCUACUGUCACGCUUGGUCCUGCUACAGUUACCCUAGGUCACGACGAUGUGGAAGCAGAAGAUGCCCAAGCGAGCGAUGUGGCGACCCAUGAAUACGGCUGGGAUAACGAACACCCGACGCGGCAAGUACAUGUGAAAGAGUUCCGGAUCGAGUGGCGGCCCGUUACCAAUGGAGAAUUUUAUGAGUUUUACAAGUCAGGAGAUGGAAAGGACAUCCAGGUGCCCGCCAGUUGGGUGCAAGUCGCCGGAGCUAUCCAGGUUCGUACGUUGUAUGGUCCUGUUCCGAUGAACGUUGCAUACAACUGGCCCGUGAUUGCGUCGUACAAUGAUCUGUCUAGAUAUGCUCUUGUGAAGGGCGGCCGUUUACCCACCGAGCCUGAACUUCGUCUAUUUUAUGAUAAAUUCGAAGCAGGCUACGAAGGUGGCGCAAAUGUUGGUUUCCGGAACUGGCAUCCCACUCCAGCCACUACUGGCGGAGAAAGAGAUGGUAGUAGAGGCAGCAAUGGUGGUGUUUGGGAGUGGACCUCGACGCUAUUUGAUAAAUACGACGGGUUUGUUCCGUCUACGCUCUACCCGGGGUACUCGAUGGAUUUCUUUGACGGAGCCCAUCAGGUUGUGUUGGGCGGUUCGUAUGCUACCAUCCCAAGAAUAGCGUCGCGUCGCUCCGUUCGGAACUGGUAUCAGCGCAACUAUCCCUACCCUUGGGUCGGUGGGCGUGUCGUGUAUGAUAUGUAA